GGCUCCGGCCCGCAGUUCGAGCCGCGAGAGCGCUCGGAGACGCGGCCCGGGGCCGAGGGGAGAGAGCGGGCGCCUCAGUGUCCUUCCCCUCCCCACCCCUCGCCUCACCGCCUUCUCCCCGCAGCCGGGCCGGAACUAUGUGAUCCCGGAAGUUCCGGUGCCAUUGCUGUGUGGGAUAAACAGUAAUGGCGGAGGCUGCAGCUCCCGGAACAACAGCCACAACAUCAGGAGCAGGAGCGGCAGCGGCGGCGGUGGCAGCGGCCUCCCCUACCCCUAUCCCCACAGUCACCUCCCCGUCCCCGGGGGCGGGGGGCGGGGGAGGCGGCAGCGACAGUAGCUGCGGCGGCUGGACCAAACAGGUCACCUGCAGGUAUUUCCUACAUGGGGUUUGUAAAGAAGGAGAUAACUGUCGCUACUCCCACGACCUCUCUGACAGUCCAUAUGGUGUAGUGUGCAAGUAUUUUCAGCGAGGGUACUGUAUUUACGGAGACCGUUGCAGAUAUGAACAUAGCAAGCCAUUGAAACAGGAAGAAGCAACUGCUACAGAUCUAACUGCAAAAUCAUCUCUUGCUGCUUCUUCAAGUCUCUCAUCAGUAGUUGGACCGGUUGUUGAAAUGAAUAUAGGCGAAUCUGAGUCAAGAAAUUCAAACUUUGCAACUGUAGGAGCAGGUUCAGAAGACUGGGUGAACGCCAUUGAGUUUGUUCCUGGGCAGCCCUACUGUGGCCGUACUGCCCCUUCCUGCACUGAAGCACCCCUGCAGGGCUCAGUGACCAAGGAAGAGUCAGAGAAAGAGCAGACUGCAGUGGAAACGAAGAAACAGCUCUGCCCCUAUGCUGCGGUGGGAGAGUGCCGGUACGGGGAGAACUGUGUGUAUCUGCACGGAGAUUCGUGUGACAUGUGUGGGCUGCAGGUCCUCCAUCCAGUGGAUGCUGCCCAGAGAUCACAACAUAUAAAAUCGUGCAUUGAGGCCCAUGAGAAGGACAUGGAGCUCUCAUUCGCUGUCCAGCGCAGUAAGGACAUGGUGUGCGGGAUCUGCAUGGAGGUGGUCUACGAGAAAGCCAACCCCAGCGAGCGCCGCUUUGGGAUUCUCUCCAACUGCAGUCACACCUACUGUCUCAAGUGUAUUCGCAAGUGGAGGAGUGCUAAGCAAUUUGAGAGCAAGAUCAUAAAGUCCUGCCCAGAAUGCCGGAUCACAUCUAACUUUGUCAUUCCAAGUGAGUACUGGGUGGAGGAGAAAGAAGAGAAGCAGAAACUCAUUCAGAAAUACAAGGAGGCAAUGAGCAACAAGGCGUGCAGGUAUUUUGAUGAAGGCCGUGGGAGCUGCCCAUUUGGAGGGAACUGUUUUUACAAGCAUGCGUACCCUGAUGGCCGUAGAGAGGAGCCACAGAGACAGAAAGUGGGAACAUCAAGCAGAUACCGGGCCCAACGAAGGAACCACUUCUGGGAGCUCAUUGAGGAAAGAGAGAACGGCAACCCCUUUGACAACGACGAAGAGGAGGUUGUCACCUUUGAGCUGGGCGAGAUGUUGCUUAUGCUCUUGGCUGCAGGUGGGGACGACGACCUGACAGACUCUGAAGACGAGUGGGACUUGUUUCAUGAUGAGCUGGAAGAUUUUUAUGACUUGGACCUAUAGCAGCUUAGCGUGGCAUGUGAACUGGCCUGCUGAGCCUCAGACAGCAGCUGUCCCCUGUGGUGGUGUGGUGGUGCCCGGGGUCCUCUCCCAGGCAGGCCUGUCAACUCCAGGUGCUGUCCUAAUCAUUUUCACCCAGGGCCUGUCUUCUCAACCCCUCAUCUUUCCCCAAGGCGUGUGUUUUCUCUGUUUAAAGAAGCUACAAAAAUAAAUCUUAAAGUUAGUUUUUUUGUAACAUGAAUUUAACUGUCAGACAGUUAGUGUAGGUUUGUUGCGUCAUCUGUUUGCAGCCAGAUUCACACAGUUCGAGGGUAGUGUUUCUGGACUUCCCACCCCAUUUUGAGGACCCCCGGUUCAAAAGUAACAGCAUUGGCCCUGCUUUGGGUCCAGGAAUAGGGGUGGUGGGUGAAGGACCUGAACUGUGGCAAGUCACCUUCUGCUGUAGACUUAGGAGGUGGGUACUUGAGGUUUCUGGUGAAAUCUGCACAUCUCUGUUUUUAUGUCUGUUCUCCGCUAUGUAAUCCCCACCCUGUGCACUUGUUCCAUGGUUUUGGUCUCUUGUUUAAUUGCACACAAUACUACUGGGUAACCAGAACCAGGUGCGACUGUGUUGAGAUUUUUUUCCAUGUUUAGCAUGUUAGGAAAAUUGUGAAAGAACACAUAUGAAAGAUAGAGUGACAUAAAAUAAAUCCAGAAUUGGAAGUUGACUCCCAAGGGCUGAUAGACUUGAUACGUGUGAGUGUGUAACAAGCUUCUCAUCCCUGCAUAGAUGCAGUGUUUGUAGCCUUAGUGGAAAAACCUGGUUUAGUGACUUCAGCCUUGUGUGGCAAGUAGAUCUUAAAAGGACAAAGCAGUAUGUUGGUAGCUGUUAAUAGAGCAGUACUAGCUCUGUCUGUCUAUAUAAAUACAGAGAAACGGGCUUGGCCGUAGUCAUUAAACUACCUGGUUAUCCCAUAUAUUAACACAAACUGGGUCUUGGAUACACAGUUGUAUUUAACGUUUUAUGAUCUCCUAGCCUUUCCAAUCCAGGCACUUUUUGAUAAACCUUUGUCCUCAUUUGAGGGUUUUGUUGUUGGGUGUUUGUGUUGUCUUUGUGGGUAUUUGCCUCAUUCCAUCCCUGAGCCCUGCAGCUGGACAGAUUCAGAACUAUGUCCUACGGCGUUUCUUAGAGUCGUUGGUUUGUGUAGUAAGUCACAGUUUUCCAUUUUAGGGGAAGGUGUGGUAAUCCACGAGCCAAGCUGAAGUUAAAUUAUUAGAAGAAAUCCCUGAUGGGACAUUUUAGCUUUGUGUUUUGUUGCUCUUAUUUCCUGAAAAUAACCUUGGGGUGCUCCUGGUUGGUCCACCUGCUGCUUUGAUUCCUUGGGUCCCACCCAUUCUUUCACUUCAAGAAAAAACAAGUAAUUGUUGCAGAAGUCUCUGUAUUUUGCAGCUGCCCUUUUGUAAGAAGCACUUUUCCCAAAUAAAACAAUUUUUAAAACCCAUAAA